CGGAGUAAAUAGCAUAAAAUUCAUAAUUAACAAUUGGGAGUGCCAGUAGGGGUGUAGCUAUUAGCUUAAAGUUGGAAAGUAGAGAAGAUGAAUGGAGAAGACGAUCCUUUUACUCAGGAAGAUUUAAGAAAAAUACUCCACGAGGAGUCCUGUAACAGUGAGAGUGAGGGCUGGCAGUUUGUAAAAAGUACAGAGGAAGCAGAAAUAUGGAGAAAGUGGGAUGAAAACUCACCUGUACAGCUCAUAAAAGGAUUUUUGAGGUUUCCAGGAAUUCCACCUGAUGAUGUUAUUGAGCUGAUUGCUAAUCUUAAAGUUAGAAUGAGGUGGGAGAAACGAUUUCCUGUAAUCGAAGAGGUGGAUGUUCUGCCCCAUUACAAAAUUGUGUAUUGGCAUGUAAAAAUGCCGUUUGGAGUUGCUGACAGGGACCUCUUGCAGUAUAUAAGUCACAGAAAGGAUCAAGAGAGGAAUUUACAUUACGUUUUGUAUAAGAAUGCUGUUGAUAAACGGAGACCUGAAGUCCCUGGAGUUGUUAGAGCAAAGACUAUUCUUUCUGGCGUACUUAUUCGUCCAGAAGAGAAUGAUCCAAAUUCAACACGACUGACUAUUUUACUUCAGAAUGAUCCAAUGGGUUGGAUACCAAAGAGCAUCGUCAAUUUUAUGUCAGCCAGAGCACCUCUGGAAUGGCAAGAGUCUUUGGCGCAGUUUUAUCGUGAUGUUUAUGUCAAGGAAAAAGAAUUGUCUAAUUAAAAUCUUUUAAAUGUGUUGACUCUUAGAUUUAUAUACUGUGAUAAAUUCUUGCUGUUAUUAUUAUAUUUUUUGCAAUAUUAAUUAAAA